AAAAAUAUUAGAAUUAUUUAGGGUUUUUCCUACGCCGCCACCCCAAAAUUAAAAAUGGCCUGAGAUGCGAGAGCUGUAUCAAUGUACAUAUCGAGUCAAAUGGAGCCAAAUGCUAUUAUUUUGGUGAACCAUUUUCCCUGUUUUUCUCUGUUUGCUCUUCUUUCGCCAUUACUAUUUCUCUGCCUGCACACAUCUUUAAUAAUGCUUCAUUUUCUACUCUGAAAUCCCUCUCUUUCUCUCUCUGUUCUUUUUCUUAAAAAAAAAAUUUAAAGAAAAAAAGGGGAAAUUAUUGUAUUGUUACUUUGUUAGACAACACAUAACAACUCCUUAUCCUGUCACCUUUAUAAAUGUAUCUCUACUGAAAUUUUUAUCUACUCUCUGAAAUUCCUAUUGCUCUAAUCUCUUCAAAAUGAUGAUUUUCGAUUUGAACACAAAUGUACAAGAAUCAGGAAUGGAUAAGAACCAGAAUAGUACAACAAGCAGUGAGUUCAAGAAAAGCUGUAUAGAUUGCCAAACAACAAGAACACCUUGCUGGAGAAGCGGUCCAGCUGGUCCUAAGACUUUGUGCAAUGCCUGUGGGAUCAGAUACAGGAAGAAGAGUAGGAGGAUUCUCGGAGUGGAGAAAGGAGGAGCAGAGAAGAGAAAAGGAAAAUUGGUAAAAGCGGCAGAAGUAAGAUACAAAGAUAUAUUUCAGGAACAAUGGAAGAGGAAGCUUGGAGAGGAAGAACAGGCCGCCUUUCUUUUGAUGGCUUUAUCCUACGGCUGUGUAUCUGCUUAAGAUCAAAAUCAUUCAACCAUGAAAUCUUGAGUUUUUGAUGGUGUAAUAGGGAAAAGGAUUAACAAGUGAAUAUAGAGAAUGUUUUUUUUCUCAAA